UGACGUUAGAAAUGACCACAGGAAGUUGAUGCUGGUUGCCACGAUUUAGCUUUUAGCCGCGGACAAGCUGUACUUUCGGAGAAUUCUGUUUUUCCCGAGUUGUAUUCUCUCUUCGCCUGAAAGGGAGUGAAAUGGGGUGUAAACCGAAAGUAAACCAGUUUGUUUGGUUGUGUAUUUUAAUAAUCUCGUCAGAAGUAUCUUUUCAGUGGGUGUACAGCCAGCAGUGUGUAUGGUAUGGAGAGUGUGGCGAGUCCGCCAGCGUGGCAGGGAAGAGGUACAAUUGCAACUACACGGGGCCGCCCAUCCCUCUACCUGAGGAGGGACACGACCUGAUGAUGGAGCUGUGUCCAGGGUAUGACUACGGCAAUGAGAGCCUUUGCUGUGAUGUGCAACAGCUCCAAACCUUGAAGGGCAGUCUUCAACUGCCUCUCCAGUUCCUCUCCCGGUGUCCAGCGUGCUUCUACAACCUGAUGAAUCUGUUUUGUGAGCUAACAUGCAGCCCGCACCAGGGACAGUUCCUCAAGGCCACAAAGUUCUCUCCCGAUCCAGAACACAACAAAACCAGCGUGGUGGAGGUGGAGUACUACAUUGGACAGACGUUCACUAAUGCCAUGUACAAUGCCUGUAAGGACGUCCAGGCUCCCUCCAGCAAUGUGAAGGCCCUGUCGCUCCUGUGUGGGAAAGACGCAAAGUACUGCAACUCCACCAACUGGAUCCAAUACAUGUUUAACAUCGACAACGGCCAGACCCCCUUCUCCAUCAUUCCAAUUUUCACAGACGUGCCAGUGGCCAACAUGACGCCGAUGACCAAUGCCACUCGUGGGUGUAACGAAUCCCUGGAUGACGGCUCCGGGCCGUGCUCCUGCCAGGACUGCACCCUGGUUUGCGGCCCAGAUCCUGUGCCGCCGCCCCUGCCACCACCCUGGACCAUCCUGGGCUUGGACGCCAUGGUGGUUAUCAUGUGGAUCUCCUACAUGACCUUCCUCCUCGUCUUCAUGGGAGGUGUCAUCGGAACCUGGUGCUACAGGAAGAGGACGGUCCUCUCUGAAUAUGGUCCCAUACUGGAUAGCAACAUUGCUCAUUCUGUGAACAGUGGUGCUGAUGAUCAAGGAGAGGCGACCUGCUGCGAGACGCUGGGCGAGCGCUUCGAGAACGCGCUGCGGCUUCUCUUCAGCCAAUGGGGCUCCUUCUGCGUGCGCAAGCCCCUGCCCGUGGUGAUGAGCAGCCUGGUCCUGGUGACGGCCUGCUCCGUGGGCCUGGCCUACAUGCGCAUCACCACCGACCCCGUGGACCUCUGGUCCUCCCCUGGCAGCCAGGCCCACCAAGAGAAGGACUACUUCGACACCCACUUCGGCCCCUUCUUCCGCACCGAACAGCUCAUCCUGACCACCACUCGGAACUCGGCCUCCAUCUACUCGCCUUACUUUGGGGGCCAGGAUGUCCCCUUCGGGGCCCCCUUGGACAAAGCGGUCCUACACCAGGUGCUGGAUCUUCAGGAUGAUAUCGAGAAUCUGGAGGCUGCUUAUGGGAACGAGACUGUGAAGCUGAAGGACAUCUGCCUGGCCCCGCUGGCGCCCUACAACGACAACUGCACCAUCCUGAGUGUCCUCAACUACUUCCAGAACAGCCAUGAUGUGCUGGACCACUGGACAGGAGACGAGUUCUACACGUAUGCUGACUACCACAGUCACUUCCUCUACUGCGUCAGUGCUCCAGCUUCCCUGAAUGACACUGGAAAGCUUCAUGACCCUUGUCUGGGGACGUUUGGGGGUCCCGUCUUCCCCUGGUUGGUCCUGGGAGGUUAUGAUGGAACAAACUACAACAAUGCGACUGCACUGGUGAUUACCUUCCCUGUCAAUAACUACCACAAUGAUUCAGAAAAGCUCCACAAAGCCCGGGCUUGGGAGAAAGAGUUCAUUGGCUUUGUGAAGAACUACAGCAACCCCAACCUGACGAUCGCCUUCAGCUCGGAGCGGAGCAUCGAGGACGAGAUCGACCGCGAGAGUGCCAGCGACAUCACCACCAUCAUCAUCAGCUACGCCAUCAUGUUCCUCUACAUCUCCCUGGCGCUGGGCCACAUUCACAGCCUGCGGCGCCUCCUGGUGGACUCCAAGAUCUCCCUGGGCAUCGCGGGCAUAAUUAUCGUGCUGAGCUCCGUGUCCUGCUCCCUGGGCAUCUUCAGCUAUGCUGGCAUCCCCCUCACCCUCAUCGUCAUCGAGGUCAUUCCUUUCCUGGUGCUGGCGGUGGGCGUGGACAACAUCUUCAUCAUCGUGCAGACCUACCAGAGGGACGAGCGCAUGCCGCAGGAGGAGCUGCAUCAGCAGAUCGGGAGGAUUCUGGGAGAUGUGGCGCCCAGCAUGCUCCUGUCCUCCCUCUCUGAGACUGUGGCCUUCUUCCUGGGUGCCCUUUCCAGCAUGCCAGCUGUGAGGACGUUCUCUCUCUUCGCUGGCCUGGCCGUCUUCAUCGAUUUCCUGCUGCAGAUCAGCUGCUUUGUAAGCCUGCUGGGAUUGGACAUCAAGAGACAGGAGGCCAACCGCCUGGACAUUUUGUGCUGCGUCCCUCUGUCAGAGGGGCAGGAGGAGAAAACCGAUGGUUGCCUCUUCCACUUCUUCAAGAAGGUCUACGCCCCCUUCAUACUGAAAGAGUGGGUGAGGCCCAUUGUGGUGGCUGUGUUUGUGGCAAUGCUGUCCUUCAGUAUAGCCGUGACAAAUAAGGUGGAGAUUGGGCUGGAGCAAACUCUCUCUAUGCCUGAUGACUCCUACGUGCUGGACUAUUUCACAAACCUCAGUGCCUACCUGCACACGGGCCCACCCGUUUAUUUUGUGGUGGAGGACGGACACGACUACCGGACCCUCGACGGCCAAAACAGCGUAUGCGGGGGCGUCGGCUGCAACAACAACUCUGUGGUCCAGCAGAUCUACACAGCUUCCCUAAUCAGCAACUACACCAGAAUAGGCUUCACACCUUCCUCCUGGCUGGAUGACUACUUUGAUUGGGUGAAGCCCCAGUCCACGUGCUGCCGGUACUACAACUCCACAGGAGCAUUUUGCAAUGCCUCAGUGGUGGAUAAGUCCUGUGUGCACUGUCGUCCCCUGACUCCUGAAGGCAAAUUGAGGCCAGUAGGAGAAGACUUCAUGAAGUACCUGCCAAUGUUCCUGUCUGACAACCCCAACCCCAAGUGUGGGAAAGGGGGUCACGCAGCCUACAGCUCAGCCGUAGACCUGACCAACAACAACACGGACGUGGGCGCCUCCUACUUCAUGACCUACCACACCAUCCUGAACACCUCCCGUGACUUCAUCCAAGCCAUGAAGAUGGCCCGCGAACUGGCCGACAACAUCACCCGCACCAUGGGGCAGGAGGGGAAGGGCAGCCGGGUCUUCCCCUACAGCGUUUUUUAUGUGUUCUACGAGCAGUACCUCACCAUUGCCUAUGACACUGCCUUCAACCUGGGCAUAUCGUUGGCGGCCAUCUUUGUGGUGACCACGGUUCUGCUGGGCUUUGAGCUGUGGGCGGCCCUGCUGGUCAGCCUCACCAUCGCCAUGAUCCUAGUCAACAUGUUUGGGGUCAUGUGGCUGUGGAACAUCAGCCUCAAUGCUGUGUCCCUCGUCAACUUGGUCAUGAGCUGCGGGAUAUCGGUGGAGUUCUGCAGUCACAUCGUGCGGGCCUUCUCCGUCAGCACCAGGAGCAGCCGGGUGGAGCGGGCCGAGGAGGCGCUGGCACACAUGGGCAGCUCGGUGUUCAGUGGAAUCACUCUGACGAAAUUCGGAGGCAUCCUCAUCCUGGCCCUGUCCAAGUCCCAGAUCUUCCAGAUCUUCUAUUUUCGGAUGUACCUGGCGAUUGUGCUGCUGGGAGCCACCCACGGCCUCAUCUUCCUGCCUGUGCUACUGAGCUACGCAGGCCCCUCUGUAAACAAGGCCAAGGUGAUGGCGGCCAACAAGCGCUUUGCUGGCACAGAGAGAGAGCGACUCCUGAACUUCUAACCAUGGCGUGGUCAGGCCAGGGCAAACCAGACUCUGAUUGGUCACUUGUAGAGCAAGUGACAGCUUGGGCACUGCACUGGUCAUGAUUACGCUCACACACGAGCAUUUUAUGUGGAAAAACCCAAAUGGAAUGCGACUUCCUAACCCCUCAGGAAACCCCACACCAGCACACUGGAGCUCGCAGGGCUUGGUUUUUUUUUUUUUUUUUUUUUGGACAACACUAAGCACACCCAGCUGCACAACGCUCCACGUUUCCGUUUGUUCCUUUCAACAUGAAGUAGCAUAUGCGACUGGGAGAAAUAUCACCACUGCAUUUCCCACUAUGCAAAAAAAACAAUGCUUUUUCUCUUGACUGUCUUUAGGGCAACACGAAGGCUAAGGAUUCAGUCAUACCAGACAGUGUUCAGGGGUUUUUUGGUAUAAAAGAAAUGCAAAUGUGUAUAAAAAAUGUACAUCUUUAUUGAAGUUUUUUUUUUUUUUUGAAAAUGACAGAUUAAUUUUUUAAUAGUUUCUAAUGACAACUGAUGAGAUUAAGGGAUGCAAGACACGCAGGCUCACAAUGUGGAUAAUAUAGCCAGGUUAAGGCUUUUUCGCUCUGAAGUUACUUGAAAUAAGCUAAAUAUAAGGUUCCCCCUACUGGAAAAGAGGAAUCGCAGAAGUUAACUAGAAUACAAGUUCAGCAUUCUUGUAAAAGAAUAAAACUGUAGGAAGAUAUGAGACGAAAUACAUUAUCCUACAAUCAGCUCUGUUUUAUUUAGAAUGGGCUAGUUCAAGAAAGUGCUCACAGGUUCACAUCAGUGUCCAGGAGAAUUACCUCACAGACUCACAACAGUGUACAGGAGAAUUACCUAUGUGAUGUCAGCAAUACUAGAUUUUCCUUAUUUCUUAUUUUUAUUCGAUCCAGUGUCAUGUCCUGAAUGAGCAGAAUACCAUAGGAAGGAUCCAGGAUGCUAGCUGGUCAAAUAUGACCGCCAGUCUCUAGCAUAGAGUACAUUCAGCCAGCAUUACACUCAGUGGAAGCAUCCAGUAGUGGUUAUUUUGCUAUGGGCAUGGCCCGUGUCAACUCUAUAAUAAUGCUGCAGCUUUUCAGGGAUGAUGACUUGUUAUAUGGAAUCAGUUUUGAAAAGCAGAACCUAGCUGUGGAAAUGCUGCUCAUUAGAAACAUGUUACACACUUCAAAUAAAGUCUGAAAGAAACCUAAUGUAAUAUUUAAAAAAUCUGGAGAAUUUUUUUAUUUUAUCCAUUUUAGAUAUAUAAAGUUAAACUGCAGAAAAUUACUUCUGGUGUUUUUGGAUUCCCACAUGUAUGUUUUUUGUUUUGUUUUUUUAAAUAAAAUAACUGUACUAAUAA